AUGGACAGUGAGAACUUCGGCUUCGUGGUCGAGUGGUAUGACUCGCAGGCGGAUCUCAUGCGCGAGUAUCAGCUCACUGUCUUCAAGCCACACAAAGGGCCCCUGGAGGUUGCCAUGUACGACCCGAAAGCCCACAGAAGCUUCCUGAAGCGCAUGCCGAUCCCAGACUUGAAGAUCGAGGAUCUGACGGUCGGCAGCACUGUCACCGUUUACGCCCGACACCUGAAGGUGAAGGCCUACGCGGAUGCCCACACGCGGAGCGCGUUGGAGUCCAAGCGGACGUCGCUCGCCAUGCUGCUGCAGCCUCCCGCGUUCCCGCGGUUGGGCCAGAUCAUGAGCUCCAUCGAGUCAGGUGGCCUCAAGAUCAAGAAGUUCCGCCUCGUCAACGACGGCGGUCCGGUAGUUGCGCUCGAGGUGAUGGGCGACGAUGCAGACCUCCUUUGGAGCCAGUCCUGCGGCAACCUGCCCAAAGCUUCCUUCAAACAGGUGUCGCGGGGCGAAAUUGAGCCUUACUUCACCAACAAGGAGCGCUUCCCGUGCACUGCAGCCUUCGACCACUGCACGCUCUGCAUAAUUAGGCCGCAUGCCCUCAAGGCGGGCAAAGCCGGUGAGAUCAUCGCAGCAAUUCAGAAUGCUGGCUUGGAAAUCUCCGCUGCGGAGAUGCUCCACCUCCAGCACGCAGAAGCCGCUGAGCUGCUGGAUGUCUACAAGGGGGUGGUGCCCUACCACAAAGAGAUGGUGGAUGGGAUGAGUAUUGCGCCGAUGCUGGCGCUGGAAGUGCGCGCAGAGGAUGCUGCCGUGGAGAAGCUGAGAGAGCUUUGUGGGCCGUAUGAUGUGGACAUG